CAGUUAAGCCAUAACUGAAAUCGCGUAUAACAUCUGAGUGGAAGACAAGAAAUAAAACAGUGAUUUUGUUUGCGAACUGAUAAGGAGAUAAAUACCGUGUUCGCAUUUAUGAAGAGUGGCUUUAUGUUAUACGAGCAGACUAUUUUUUUAAUCGAGUUACGCUCGUCUUUCGGUGACUUGUUGGCGGCGCACGAUUUAACUUAACGUGUGUGUUCCUGUGCAGAUGCUCUCUGCUGUAUUAAGAAGCACCUUUGCAGCCCAGAGGGUUCUGCAAAGGGCCCAUCCUCCACAAAGAUGUUGGACAUCAGUCCUGACGGGAGCUUCUGGUGGAUCUGCCUCCUGCUCCUCAAAGAGGGACACUGGACAAUUAAAAUCUCAUUGUCUUAGUGGACUCUUCCAGAGGACACAAACUCAUAAUGCUUUGUUUGAGGUGAGGAAUCAGUAUGUUCACUGUUCUGCAGUGAGGCUGAAGAAGCGUGCACCCCCUGAACCCCUUUUCCCAAAUUCAGACCUGAAGCACUUGUUUGAAGGACCCAAACCUGCUCUUAUCCUGGGGUUUGCUGGGAUGAUCCCCUUUGUCUCCUCAAUUCUGAUCAUAUCUGGAACUGAGACUUACUACCCGCAGCUGCAUUACGCCCAGGUAGCCUAUGCUGCCUCCAUGAUUUCCUUCCUGGGUGGAGCUCGGUGGGGAUUUGCACUUCCUGAAAGCAGCCCAGCCAAGCCUGACUGGAUAAACCUGUCUAAUAGUGUGGUUCCUUGCCUGUUAGGCUGUAUAACCAUGUUGAUGACUGACAACAUUGCUGUUGCAGCCACCAUGGCCGUCUUGGGAUUUGGAAUUGCACUGCAUUAUGAUGUGUCUCUGCUGCCGACUUACCCUAGCUGGUUUAAGGCCAUACGCAUCAUCAUGACCAUUGUGGCAUUCUGUUCUCUGGUGCUUCCUUUUCUGCUGCUUAAAUUCUUUCCAGAAAAGAACCCAUUGUUGAGAACUAAAGGGUUUUAG